GGGGCCCUGCUAUGCGCGGCCCCCGCCCCUCUGGUCCCCGGCUCAAGUCUCGAGCCCGCGGAGAUUCGGGGUAGAGACUUCAGGCGGCGGCGGCCGCUAUGAUUGUCUGGGCGGCCCUGGGCCUCCUCUGCCUGCGUCUGGCUUUGGGACAGAGCAUACCUGAGCCAGGCCCUGCCACACACAGCCCGGCUGCCCAUGGUGACCUCCUCUUCUUGUUGGACAGCUCAGCCAGCGUCUCCUACUACGAAUUCUCUCGGGUGAAGGAGUUUGUGGGGCAGCUGGUCCAGCCACUGCCCUUGGGCCCGGGGGCCGUGCAGACCAGCAUGGUGCAUGUGGGCAGUAAACCAACAGUCGAGUUCUCCUUCGACCAACACCGCUCAGGGGCUGCUGCCCAGGAGGCCAUCCGGGCAGCCAAGCAGCUGAUGGGGGAUACCAACACUGGGCUGGCCCUGGACCUGGCCAAGGAGCAGCUGUUCACCACCAAGGCCGGCGCUCGGCCCGGCGUGCGCAAGGUGCUGGUGUGGGUGACCGAUGGCGGCUCGAGCGACGAUGCGCAGGCCCCCAUGCAGGCGCUCAAGGACCUGGGGGUGACCGUCUUCAUCAUCAGCACUGGCCGAGGCAACUUCCUGGACCUCUCUGCAGCUGCCUCCCAACCCCCCGAGAAGCACUUGCGCUUCGUGGAUGUGGAUGACUUGCAAAUUAUCAUCCCUGAGCUGCGGGGCUCCAUCCUCGAGGCAAUGCGGCCCCAGGAGCUUCACGCCACUGAGGUCACAUCCCAUAGCUUCCGCCUGGCAUGGCCGCCCCUGCUGUCCGGUGACUCGGGCUACUACCUGUUGGAGGUGGCACCCAGUGCCGACCCUGGCGCCAAGCAGAGCCGUCACUUGCUUGGGAACGAGACCGGCUGGUUCUGGGAUGGCCUAGAACCCAGUACCACGUACAAGGUGGUCUUGGUGCCUGAGUCCAACCUGCAGUACCUGGCCCCACAGACCACCCAAGUCACCACUCUGGAAGACCCCUUGUGCCCUCCAGAAGAGGUCAGCCCAGCCUGGAUCCUCAUCUCGCACUCAAAGCCUCACAGCUUUCACGUGAGCUGGGCCCCGACACCUGUGGGCGUGCUCCGGUACGAGGUCCUGUACGGACCCCUGCCUGGGGGUGAGGCCCAGCUCCUCCAGGUGCCUGCCACCAAGAACAGCACCACGCUGGAAAAUCUGUCUCCCAACACCACCUACCUGGUCACCGUGGCUGCCAUCUAUCGGUCUGGCCGAGAGAAAGCCUUGUCGGCGAAAGCUUGUACACAAGAAGUGGCCUCCAAGAUUGGGCACCUCUACUUCCAGAGCCUGGGCUCUAGCACUGUGAAAGCCUCGUGGGACUCAGCAGAGGGCGAUGUCCAGGGCUACCAGGUACGGUGUCAGCGGCAGGUGGGGCCGCCAUCCCUUCUCAGCGUCUCACCACAGACCCACAGCGUCGUCCUCACGGGCCUGGCUGCUGGCACCACCAACCAUGUGUGUGUGACGCCCAUCUACCAGAGCCACGCUGGGUCUCGGCGCUGCCAGACCGUCCGCAUGCACCCUGUCACGCCGGCUCCUGAGUAUCGGCCCACUUAGCCAUGCCCCAACAUGCUCUUAGUCCCAAAUAACGGAGGAGAGCUGAGCCUUUCCUUCAGAAACAGACCAGAGGGGAAAGCGCUGGGCCGAAGAGAUUGGGGAGCGAAGACGGAAUCUCUGUGGCUAGUUGGCUUUCCCAUCAGUCCUUUCUCAUCCCUUGCAGGGUUCCUACAUCCAGUGGGUCAGCAGUCAGCUUGGGCCAGCUUGGGUGGUCCUCAAGGACUUGAGUCCAUAGCCUGACAUGCUGAUGGCUCAGCCAUGGGCUGUAGACUCACUCUCUUCUCUCUUGUACUAACUCAUGUGUUGUCGAUGACCUGCCCAAAGUGAAGAGUUGAGGAACUGGGAAGGCAUUGGCCUGAGACCUUGUCUCUAUUUUCCUAGGCCUGAUUUCCCUAAAAGAUAGGGGGGAUGGGAUUGUGACUCAAGGCUUGGUUGUGGAAGCUGAGCAGUGCUGGCCAUGGGUAUAGAAUGUAGGCAGAUAAGGGAUACUGGGAUGACCCCUGCCCUCUCAAAUUUGCCCCCUCCUAAUCCUAAAGGUUUUUCCACAACCUGAGAUUUCCCCCCAGUUAGGACUCCAUCCGUUCUUUCCCAUGUGGCAGAGCCUUUCCUUAAGUGCAGAUUUCCUCCCCAUCUCCAACAAGGGGUCUCUAGGAGGUCAUUACCACCCAAGGGUGCAAGAAUUGCAUCAGAUCUUUCUCCAAGGUGAAGAGCAUCCAAGGAGAGGGCACCAGGAGGGGUCCAUGGUUAAGGCAGAAAAUACAUCUUUAUUUUUAAAUUAAAAAAAAAAAACCAACAACCACAAUUCUUCCCUGGGUUGCUGUGGCCAGUCAGCUGGUCCUUAGGUGACAGAGACAGAUUCUGUCAAUAGGUCAGUUCUUGACCUGAGCUCCAUGUCAGAGCCCCAGGUCACCUCUGUGCCAAGCAAGAUGGAGAAAUUCUGUGCAACUCUGCCAAUGUUAAGUAUCUAUCAAGUGCCAGACACUUGGGGUACAACAUGAAAAGUGAAUGAGUCCCUUCCCUCAAGGAGCUUCCGUUCUACUAGUCAUUGGAAGGGUCUGCUGGUGGAGUGAAAAUGAAAAUAAUUGGAAACCACUUUGCCCAAGGGCUCCAGGGUGGGGGCAGUGGGAGAUGGCUGUAUUUUCAGUGUUUUACCCUGCCCCUUCAUACAAGGGGUUCUGGUUUCUCUUGCACUCUGUUACCCUGUUCUAGUAUUAGUUCCUCUUUGCGGUCCAGUGGGGGUGGCCCUGGGGUACUUCUAACUCCCAAGCUCAUGCUAAGUAGGGCUCCAAAGGGAGAUCCCUGUGUUCACAUCCUGGUCAGCGGAUGUCUACUUCACCUACUGAUUUUUGCACAGGCUAUCCUGAACUAACUGAAUGCUUUGUUUUUUCCCCUUGUUUCCCCAUUAAUGUAACAGACUUUAAAACAACAAUAAAUUAAGCCUACACACAGA